AUGCUAGGUAAUUUAGAGAUAGUAGAAAUGAAUAAUGGAUCUUCACCUAACAAGGACAACGCUAGCCAAAAACUAUCCUCAACGAGCCCAGGAGCUUGGCAUACCCAACUAAAGUCUAAUUCUAGACUGAAAUCUCCUCAACCGCGCUCACCAAUAGCUGCAGAGGGACAACCUCUUGAACGGAAAACCCAACGCCCAUUUUGUAACGCGCUACUUACAACAAUAUACAAACAAAUGCACAGGAUAGAAUAUCUGAUAUACAUAACAGCAUUGAAUGGAAUCGUAGUCGCGUUUUUUGUAGGAAGAUACUUAAGGGGCAUUGCGGAUGAAUAUUAUAGCUUACACAGUACACUCGGCAAGGUAAUAGACCUUUUCAUUCGCAAACCUAAGUUUAUUAUGACCAAACAGGAACUAAACCUUUGUAUCGAUAGUAUUACACUGGCUUGGGUAAGUGCUUGUUUGCUGAUUACGGCGGUAUACACGGCUAAUUUCACAUGUGGGAAGAGUGCACGCAGUAUCGUCAAGGCAAUUGUCGCGCAUGUCAUUAAUCUUUCAAUCAGUAUUAUUGUUACUUUCGCUUGGUUAUUUGUCGCAACGUUUUGGAGAUACACACUGGCAAAUGAUCUAAGUCUUUUGACUGGGUUGUUACUAUUGAACUUGUAUUGGUCAGUAUUAGUUGUUGGGCUGAUGCUGUUUUAUAACAGAAAGAGAGAACAACAUGACACACCAGGAUGUUUUGCUCGAGUCUUCGGCAAGAAUACCUUCAAGCACUUGUCUUGGGUUACUCUUACUGUGGUUGCUAUUGUGUGCGAUAUAGUGCUUAUUACCUGUUACAUCGGACUGCCAGGCGUAUUGUUACACACAGGGACAUAUAUACGAGCCAAGGAAACCGGCACUCUUAUAAAUGCACUAAACCGUCCGUGA